AUGCAAGCGGAGCGCAGCGGCAGCACCUGGCAGGGCCGAGCCACCCUUUUCAGCUCCGCGGUCCUCGCGCCCAAUUCGAAGAUUUCGGGGUUACCUCCCCGGGGGCUUCGGUGCCGGGCUCGCCCUCAGCUCUGCGCCCCCCUGGCUAGCAAACUUUGCGGGUCCCGCGGCCCGACGCGCAGCCCCGUGCGCCCAUGUCUGCGCCAGCUGCGGCGCCCGGGGCGCGGAGCCUCUUGCGGGCGAUCCGGUGGAGGAGACCAGCGGGUCCUGCUCUCCACCGCGCCCCGGCUGGAGCUCCGCGCGAGCCGCACGGGAAGAGCUCGGCCGGCAGCCCCAGGUUCCGGGAUUUCGGCGCCGCCUCGGCCGCCCGGCGUUUUCGCCCAGCGCGGGGACCCGAGUCUCCGCGGCCUCUCGGGCGCCUCGGUCGCGCCUGCCGCUCGCCCACCUCGGGAGCCGCUGGCUCGCGGAGCCCGGAGCCCUGGGCUGCCGGGGCUCAGCGUCCUAAGAGCCGCUCUGCCGCCGAGCCUGAGAGUCUGCCUGCGCCGAGCCGGAGCUGCGGGGGCAGCGGGAGCCGGGGACGAGCGCGGCGGAGGCGGAGACGCGGAGAGGGGGGCCGAGCGCUACCCCGUGGCCGCGACUGGAGCGCAGCCUGCGCGCAGGGAGGGGGCGGCGGCGGCUCCGAGCCAGGCCCGGGAGCGAGCCCCGCAGAAACCCAAUCCGUGUGCACGGCCGCGGGCUCCCGGCGUCUCCGGGACCCACCGGAGGGCAGUAGUGCGGGCGGCGAACGUGCUGCUCUCUCUCCGGCCUUGUCUUCCAGGUUCAGCCCUCCCUCUCCCUCCCUCGAAGGCCUGCCUCAUCCAGGUCUUCCAUAGGCCGGAGUCCCCAACACCCCUCUGGACUUGACAGGGCAGGACAGUUUGGGAAGGCUCCCCCUUUAAAGGCACAUCAGCCCGGAGACACAACGGAGAGAGAGACAGAGAGGUCCUCCCUUGUGGCCCAGGGAAGGGAGCAGAAUGUACCUUCCAGUGUGGCAAGGCCAGGAGCUGUUUAGACCCCUUUAACCGGUGCGCUCAACAGGCAACAGGCGCCUCUACCUCCGUGGGCUCAUUCCUCCAUUAAAAAUAUUAAAAGUAAUAUUUUGCGGCUGUG